ACGCCAUUCGAAGUCAAACCACUGAAGAGGAAGGUGAAAGAAGACCUGUAAGAUCAGCAGCAGAAUCAUAGAAAUGACUGCAGCCAAGCUCCAGGAUGCUGCCAUCGUUGGCCUGAAAGUCCUAAAUGUCGCUGCUAAUAUAGCCUCCAAAUUCUUCCCGCCCAUUAGCAUCGUUAGCUCUUUGAUUGAGUCCGUCUUGGAUGUUGUCGAAAAGAAGAAGAGCUUCAAGGAGCUACAGGAAGAUUUCAAGUUCAUCCACAACCGCCUUGAUGAGCUCUCCAAACAGAGCCAUGAAACGAUGGAGAACAUCAUCAAGGAGACGGCGGACCAGCAGUUCAACGAAGUGCGGUGGGAGAUUAAGAAUCAGUACAAGAAGUACAUGGAGUUGACCGAAGCCCCACCAGAAGAGAUAGAGAAGGGAAGCCAGAAAUUUGUGAAGGGAUAUCAAGACGGGAAGGGCAACCAGUAUCUGUACACGCUGUACGAGAGCGUGAUCGGUGUGCCCAAAGUCUUCAGCAAACCCAUCCUGCAGGUGUACAAGCAGCACUCGGGCACCAACCGGGAAACCAUGGUCCAGCUCACCCAGGAGCUCUUCAGCCUGUUCAGCAUCGGCUGCAUCACCAUGAUGGCCCACGCCGUCCUCAUCGGGGACGACGUGGAGGGCCGGAGGGAGGAGUGGGAGGAGAAGAUGAAGCGUGUGACCUUAGAGAUGGAGAAAGCUCUGGAGGAUUUUGAAGAAGAAGAUCUUACUUUGUGUUCAUAGCUCUGUCUACAGUUACCUGUUAGAUGUCUUUUAGCUGAAAUCAACCUUGAAAUAUUGUGAACGUUAAGCCUCAGGGUCGCAUUCCUGCUUGUUUUCCAACAUAUCCUGUUUGGUAUCUUUUGAUUGGCUGGAUACACCUGAUCCAGGUAUUGAUUCACAAUGGAGCUAGGAUAUCCAGAACAAACCUGAGGCUCCUUUAAAACAUGCUCUGGUAUCAUUUCACUAAAUGAUGAAUUAAAUGCUUUCUGACAUAAA